AGAGGGAGGGAGGGAGACUGGAACUCAAUUCCACACAGACGAACCUACACUGGCUCAGAAAGACGCUCUCUCCUGCAACACACAGACACUGCUGGCUGUGGAUUCUCCAUCUUAUUCCACAACAUCUGGAGGCCAUUCUGCCGGAGAGCCAGCCAGCCAAACCCGCCUCGGGGAGCAGGAGGAUGGAGAACAACAUGUGAGCGAUUCCGUGCGCCACUGUCGACAGCAUGCUUCGCCUCCUCCGGACCUUGGCUUUCUUCUUCUGGUGUUUUUUGCUACUUCACAGGCAAGCUGUGGCUGACGAAGAAGCCCUCUGGGGACUGACGCCAUCAAGCGAAAAGCCACCUGAAAAUAAAAUAAGCUCCUCCUGGUGGACCCCGUCUCUGCUGAAGCUCCCUGAACUUCCCUCGCUAGCUGACCUUUCGCUACCCUUUCGGAUCCCCUAUUUUUCAAACGCUAACAACGGGGCUGCUGUGUUGACCACAAGCGCCAAAGGACUGGCAGAACCAAUCGAUAUCUUGCAAGACCACUGGGGUUCAGGGGAAGAAAGCAUUUCUGAAGCCUCUGAACCACCCACCGCUUUGACUCAGGGGCUCCUAACCAGCGUGACAAAGAUAAGAACAGAAUCACUUCCCACGGGGACAUCAGAUUCUCCACACAGCAGCAUAGCGCAGAGCGACAAUGAUACUCUUGUUCUAGACUCCUACUCUCCCACUAUCAGAAACACUCUGUUCACCAACAGUCCCGCCAGCACACGCACUCCUGAACAAAAUGCAACACAUACCCACCCACCGAGGGGCACCGCAGGAGCAGCCGGACUCAGCACGGGUGCCACUACACAACACCUCCCAGAGGAACGCACUGAUAAAGAGGAGGCUGAAGAUUUUACAGAAAAGAUCUCUUUGACGAUAGCACCAGAAACUACAGUUCCCACUGCCUUGACAUGGGCAGCAGCCCAAACCACAACAACAAUACCAGGACUGGUGGAGACCACAUUGACCAGCAGACACCCUCUGGGGCCCCCUACGUCCUCAGAAACCACGUUCGUCAGAAAACCACAAGACUCAACUAUUGGUGUUACACUCCAUGCUGGAGAGGCCACAACGACAGAAACUCACCCCACUCGGAGUGAGGCCAACCCGGGUUAUUCUGAGGCCAGGUCGGGGCCCGUGGAGGAACAGCCGGGGGUAAUCACCACUGCCAUGGGGAUCGAUCGCAAACUAGUGCCGGAAUCCAUAACAAGCACAACUCAGAGCCAAAGGGUUAACUUCCCAAUAGCAGGAGAGCCGCCGGGCAAAGAGGAUAAGGAGGAUGAGGAAGGUGCGGUUCCCUCAGCAGACGGGGACGGUGACACCGGGUUGGCAGAGAUUUCCACCACCACGGCGUCCGCUAAGCUGCUAACAACAUCGCCGCCACAGAGCACAGAAACUCCCCAUAUUCCUGUGGACACUGAAGACUGGAUGUCCAGCCAGGUGGACAGCGACGUCUCCUUGCUUCCAGACUGCAAUCAAGAGCGCUCCGGCAUCUGCAACCUCACCGACACCUGGGUCGUCACAACCUCCUCGAACGUCAAGCCCACACAAAACACCACUGCCACGAACCGGUCGCUCAACCCCUUCCUGAUCCCAGCUCAACCCAUGUUGGUGCCGCUCUACACCGACUGGAACAGCGCCAUGGCAGCUUGGGGCCUGGCCUGGGAGGCGCACGUUUACGGCGCCGGUUGCGUCUUUGCGAUGCUGACGAUAGCCUCGGCUCUCAAUCUGCUCUGUUUGCCUCUGCGAUGCCCUUCCGGAUGUGGCUACUUCGCCCUGGUCAGCCUGUUUCUACUAGCUGCUGGUUGCACCAGAUCUUUCUCCCUCCUGUACGACGCCUACGGCCACCAGGAUCGCCUACCCUCUCCAGAGGCCUCGCUGGUACUCUACGAAGCACCGUUUCCCUGCUUGACUGCGGCUUUCGGUCUGGUUUUCCUUCUACUCUCCAUGCGCUCAAGAAUGCAGCUAUCCUACUCAGCUUUCCAGAGACCCUGUUUCCUGGCCUGCCUGGUUGUCGUGCACUUUGGCGCUGCAUUCGGACCGGUGACGCUACUGAAGUUCUACCAGCAAAAGCCUCCCCUUUGCCUCUUUCUGUCACUCAUCUCCCGUGGAGCCUUCGUAGCACUGGCCACAUUUCUGUCUGCUGCCUAUUUUGUGUUCUACAUCUACGUACGGGCAGAUUCGAAGCACAUCUACCACCUGAAUAACACGUCUCCGACACCUGCUGAGCGAUACAACCGCUGCCCCUUUGCCGAGAGCCGGGAUUGGAACCGUGCAGCUGUAACCGUUUGCAUUUCAGCAUUGUUUUGUUUAGCAUGUGCGGGACUGCAGUUGUAUGCAAUGCUCAACGCUAUGGGUGUUGUAGGCGGAGAGGAGGUCUUCCACCCUUGGCCUUGGUGGGCUUUCCAGUUUAGCUGCAGACUGUGUGAGCUCGGGGUUUGUCUCACCUUAGCCUUGGUGGUGGCACAACCAGUCUACUGUUCUGACCACCUCCCAAAUGCAGGGAACUGCUGGACUGAACUGUUGGCGUCCAAGUCGCCCAUCCUGCCUGGGAGCUACCAGUGGUCUUUGAGCCAGCAAGAGAAGCUCGCAAUCGUUGAUACCAUUGGGCUCGGAGAGACAGAGAGCCUUCCUCUUUACACUCUGGUGGACGAGAGGCUUGGUAGCAGUCUGAAUGGACUGGACCUCCUCUACCACAGCAACCGGGCCUUGGCAUACCGAGAUCUAGACUUGGAUUUGGACUUACCGGGUUCAGGAAAACCUGAGGAUGGAGUAGGCGGAGAACCCUCAGGCGGAUCCUCGUUCACCAGCGAUUCCACCACAGACCUGCGGCCACCUUCGCCCAUCAACCUGCGUCGCAGCAUAGACGAGGCACUCUUCAGCGAGGCCCUCUUUCCCAUGAGCCUCUUUAGCACUACGAGGCCUAUUCGCUACAGUGAUCUAUCAAUAAACAACCUCUGUGCACUUCCAAGCAACGGCCUCUGUGAUCCUCUCUCAGCCGACCCUGGCCUUUAUCGGACGUCUUCCUGCGUGGAGAUGGCCUCACGACCCCAGCCCUCUUGUGCCCAAUCACACGGAGACACUAUAGCGGGUGCUCCACCAUCUCCCUCCCUGUCCUCAUCCACCAGCUCUUCGUCUCCUGAACGUUGGAGGGGCAGCUCUUCCUCCUGUUCCCUUUACCGAGAAUCUUUCGGAGGCUCCUCGCUGGUCCUCUGCCCGAGCCCGGAGAGACACGCUCAGCAGCAUCUCCCGCAAGGGGGUAUGGGCCAUAUGGCGUCCUCUGGCCACGCUGACCCACAGAGGCACUAUCAAACACUGGGUGCGGCCUCACAAGAGAGCCUGGACCUGGACAUGUCGUCUGAGGCAGACCGGUCCGUGCAGGAGGAAUUCAUCAGCGUUUGCAGACAAAUCGAUGCAAUGAGCAUCUGCAGCGAGACUAUUGAUUUAUAAAGGACAGUCUGGUCUAACAAGGGUUACACAGAGGACUUAUUAAGAAGGAUGUCAGAAGGAUGACGGUCAAGGUUUUUUAGAGGUAGUGCAUGGUAGCUUUUGCGUACACCAUGAAAGACCUACAGCUGCCAACAUAAAGUUUUUGGAGGUUUGAUGAGCUUUCGUAUGUGGUGAAUGUCUAUGAGGGUCUAAGUGCCAAGAAUGUCAAAAGCCAAAAGGUAAUUUGUAACUUUUACAUGUUUGAUAAAGGCUGAAGUUUGAUACAGUCAAAAGAGUAGUAACAUUUUACUGUGUGGACAUAAUAAGAAUUUAUUUGUACAAAUGUUUUUAUUGCGUUACAACAUUCCAAUAGAUUGUACUGUGACUAAAAUUACGCACUUAUUAAAUACUACUGAAGUCUUUCAAAUACUGCAGAAUAUCAUUAAAUCUCAUGUUGAAUAAUGGGAUUAGAAUUAAGUUUUUCAAACUAUAAACUCUCCAUACCAAUAUGCCACACAUCUUCUGGUGCAGCAGUGCCCUCUGCUGGUGAAACACACACUAUGUUACCUUAUCCCUCUACAUUUAUCACCAACGGACUGUGCUUCUACAUCCACUGACAGCAUCUUCUAUACUAAUUUAUUUAUGUUCAGACAUAACUUUGCUAUACACAGUGUUUAAUAAAGUUUGUUUUAUAACA